AUAUUGAGGAAGUAUAAAAGCAAUGGGAGAAGCGGAAGGAAGGGGAAAGAAAAACGAACGGUGGCGAUAGAAAGGCAGAGUCUGAUCUCCAUCGUCUCCUCACUCCUCUGUUCUCCAGCGUCCAUUUCCCGCGCCAAUCACAAAUCACAUCACAUCACUCAGGGUUCCGGCGACCAUGGCCGAUGCUCCCGCGAGUCCAGGCGGCGGCGGUAGCCACGAGAGCGGCGAGCACAGUCCCCGCUCCAAUUUCCGCGAGCAGGACCGCUUCCUACCCAUCGCCAACAUCAGCCGCAUCAUGAAGAAAGCGCUUCCCGCCAACGGCAAAAUCGCCAAGGACGCCAAGGAAACCGUGCAGGAAUGCGUUUCCGAGUUUAUCAGCUUCAUCACCAGCGAAGCUAGCGAUAAGUGCCAGAGAGAGAAGAGAAAGACCAUUAACGGCGACGAUUUACUUUGGGCUAUGGCCACUUUAGGUUUCGAGGAAUAUGUUGAUCCGCUCAAGAUUUACCUCGCCUCUUACAGAGAGAUUGAGGGUGAUUCAAAGGGUUCGGCCAAGGGUGGAGAGUCAUCUUCUAAGCGAGAUGUUUAUCCCAAUCCUAAUGUCCAGGUGGAGAAUCUUGCUCAUCAAGGUUCUUUCUCACAAGGUGUUAACUACACGAAUUCUCAGCCCCAGGGUCCACCACAUAUGAUUGUUCCCAUGCAAGGCCAAGAGUAGACAUUGAUCUUCCUGAAACACGUGUGAUCUGAAUGUCGGUGAAGCUUUAUAUGUACCCCUUGGCAUACUGAAUGCAUUUUGUCUUAUCUCGAUACUGACAUAAGGGGAUGUUGGUUCUUGAGACCAGAUAAUAUUUAUUAAGGCUUGCAUUUAUCUUUGGAAAAGAAUCAUUAUUCAUAAGUUAUAUUGUAAAUGCUGGAUCAAUGCUUGUUUUAUUCCAUCAACAAGCGCCCUCGCAAAGACUGAAGUUGUAACAGAUUGGAAGCAUAAAUUGGUAUUAUUCUUUCCCUUUCUGUUUUAUCCA